UCUGCUGUUGCAGCACAAUCCACAUACCUCUCUGUUGGAAUAUUGUCCGUUCCUUCACAUUUGUCAACACUCCUCUCGCGCUUUCUGGGAUAAGUCUGUCAUUUAACUUCUUGUUUAGAAAAAGGAAACAUGUCAGUCAAAGUGUUUUACACCAGUGUGAGCGGCUCAGUAGAGAUGAAGAAGAGGCAGGAAAGAAUCCUCAGUGUCCUGAGCAGCACAGGUGUCACAUUUGACUUGAUCGACAUUUCCCAGGAUUCUGCAAACAAAGAAAAAAUGAGGAGAAUAGCAGGAAAUCCGACUGCUCUCGCCCCUCAGAUAGCCAAUGGAGACACCUACUGUGGGGACUUUGAGGCCUUUGAGAAUGCGAUUGAGAAUGGAGAAUUACAGAAAUUUCUCAAACUCUAACAGAAACCAACUGUGGAAAAACAAAUCUACAUCACCAAGGAUAUACAUUUUUAUAAAGGAAAUUGGUCAUAAUUUAUGAAAACAGUUUGUUUGGUUUAUAUCUAAUGUACUCAUUUUGGAAGUGCACAUCUGAAAAGCUUUAUUUUAAUAAUUUCACAUCAGAGCAUAUGUGUAUGAGACAUCACUACAAAUG